GUCCGGUAAAACAUGGCCGCCGCCCCACUGUGGAGCUGACUGUGGUUAGUGAGAAGAACUGAGUGUUUCUGAGGUCUGUUUUACACCCGCAUUCACAAUGAUAACUCCUGCGUUUGACCUGAGCCAAGACCCUGAGUACUUGAUCCUCAGCAUCCGUGUGCCCUACACUAGAACAUCGGAGUUUGACCUUUACAUCGACGGAUCAGACUUCAAGUUCUAUGCCAAGCCUUACUUUCUAAGAUUAACUCUUCCUGGAAGAAUUGUGGAGGAUGGGAGAGAAAAGGCCAAGUUUGACAUUGAUAAAGGUCUUUUCACUCUUCGGGUCCCGAAGGAGACAUCUGGGGAAAACUUUGAAGGACUUCAGAUGCUGACGAGUCUCCUCGCACCAAAGGGCUCCCGUUCAGCAAAACCGUUGGUGGAAGAUUUAAGCUCAGGAUGCAGUGAAAGUGUCGGAGAUGUUGAAGAGGAGGAGGAGGAUGAUGAUGAAGAAGAAGAAUUUGACUGGCAGGUUGAGCAGGAGGCGUACACAGAGAGCUCCGAGGAGGAACUGAGAGCCCAGCAGAAAUAUGGCUUCGCCAACCAGAGGUCUGGAGUGUUUGCCAGAUUACAGGAGGAACUCAGCGAUUUGAUCGAUAUCAAGAACCCAGAGGGAACAACAGCAGCAGAGAGGAGGCAGGCGAGGCUGGAGGCAGAAGCAUCUGCCUUUUCACCUGACCAUUACCUUGCUGAUUUAUUUGAGGACGAUGAAAUAAAGGGCCUGCUGAAGUUCAAACCAUGGUGGACAAAGCUGAGUCCUUCUACAGUGCAGGAUGGAGAAGCUGCUGUAUCAUUCACUGAUGACGAGAAGGAGCAGCUGAGAAAGUUCACAAACCGCUCCUUCCUGCUGGACAAGACAUCCCGUCACCAAGCGUGGCUCGGCCUCGCGGACGUCCUGCUGGCUUAUUGCUAUGAAGUGCGCUCUACAGACGGAGAGCACAAUGUGGAGUCACCGUGGACAAUCAGAAAACUCAGCGGAACUCUCUGCUGGCUGGAGACGUACGGCUCCUUCCAAGAGGUCCUGGUGUCGUUUGGACGGAGGGCUUUGAGCUACCCGCUCCACAGACACUUUGCAUUGGUCUCUGCAGCACUGCGUGACACAACUAAGAUUUUUCAGUCAGGGAGAGCUUGUGUCCUCAAAUGCCUGCUGGAUAUUCACAAAGUCUUCAGAGAGAACGAGCCGGCCUACAUACUGAACGAUCUGUACAUCACAGACUACUGCAUCUGGAUCCAGAGGGUCAAGUCCAAGAAGGUGACAUCGUUUGCUGCAAUGUUACAAAAAGCCUCUCUGCGGAAAAAAGACUUGGAGCUGGAGCUGGAGGAGCUGGAGGAGGCAGCAACAAUGGUGGCAGAGGAAGACGAAGACGAACAAGAAGCCGAAGAGCAGGGAGCUCCCAAGGGCGCUUCGACAUCCCGCGGUGACAGCAGCAGUGCUUUCAGUGACAGCAGCUGCAGCAGCAGUGGCUCAUCUGAUGAGAGCGAGGAAUCUGAGGCUGAAGGGCAGGGAUGCACCGACUCCAGCAGGAGGGGAGGAGGAGGUGGAGGAGGAGGAGUAGAGACGUCUAAGGACAACCCUCCCCUGCCCCAACCCACCUCCGCUGCCUCUCCCAUCCCCCAGGAGCCGACAAGCACGCUCCUCUCGGCGGAGAGAAAAGUGGACGCCCUCCCCGCAGCUUCAGAAAGCACCCGACAGCUGAUCGAGGAGCUGGGGGAGCGGGUGGCAGAGGACCUGAACGUCUCUGAAGGCUCCAGCUGCAAAGUGGAGAGAAGCCGUUCACAGCUGAGCAGCACUGAAGCAAAGACUGAAGGAACAUCUGUGAGGAGCAGCGGUGGGACUGUGUUAGAGCUGAGUCCUCGCAGAAACCCUCUGCUCAUUGUCCAAACAGAGGACCAUCCUGAUGACAGCGGCUUCAUCAAGAGGAACUGAUGUGGAACUUGAAAGACUCUUAUUAAACUCAAAUGAACUGUUAACUCCAUUCAAGUGUGAGAAAAUCUGUUGGACCAUUUCUCUUCUAAUAUUUUUCUUUCUGCUUCUGGAAUUUUUUCAAACUUCUGCUUUGUGCAGCUGGGAUUUUGUUCCUUAACCUUUUUCUAAAGGACUUUAUUUCCCAUCUCGAAUUACAUUUUCUUAAAAGAUGAACUCUAAGCCUCAUAAAAUUCCUUAUUACCUAUUUAUAUGGUUGUCUAACGAGCAUGUGUAGGUUUUAUUUCUCCUUAUUUCAUUGACACCCCGCCUCCUUCUUCUGUGUCUUGUCUGGUCUUAUCUUUUUUAGUUUUUGCUGCCCUCUCUCUCACUCACUCACUCACUCACUCACUCACUCACUCUCUCUAUCUCUCUAUAUGUAUAUGUAUGUAUAUGUAUAUAUAUAUGUAUAUGUAUAUGUAUAUAUAUAAUCCUACUUGCUUUAUGACUUUUAAUCUCUCUGCUAUGUUUGAUUUUGUAUGAAUUAUUAGAGCUCCUUUUUUGAUUAUUCCAUGUAAUUUAACAGCAUCUGCAAACAUCUGACAAGAGUGUCAAACUUCUCAACUCCCCAGGUAUUUUCCCAUGCUCAUAUUAACAUAUUUAGCCUGUUUAUUCAUGUUUGGGUCUCAUAAACACAACAGGAAUGUCAUUCCAGGAAGCUGACAACCAUUUGUCAUUGUUUGUCGCUGUAUAUCACUCAGCAGAGAUGCCUGGCAGAGCUACUUUGAGGGAGCUAUGCUUUUCCUAAUAAAUAGUAGGAAAAGCGCUAACCCCUUUUCUAAAGCCCCGGCAUUGAUUGAAGUGGAAAAGACUCUGUCGGCACUAAACGGGGCCGUGGAGCACGCAGGAGUGAUUGAUUCGUCUGGCAUGAAUGGAGGAGCGCAGUCAACGCAGCUCAAUAUCAUCAGGCGCGUCUAGCAGGCGAGAGAAAACAAACAAGGAAGCACAUGUCAGGCAGAUAGAUGAGGGCUGCAAGCGAGGCUGCGGCACGGCAGCCGUUUGUGUGAGAGAUAAGUGCACCAUGGGGCCCGAGGCAGCGGCGAGAUAGAGGAGCACAAGUGCAGCAGAGGGAAGAAAACAGACACUCAGGCCGGCUCAGUCGUGUCCAUAGAGUGUCAGCAGCACCUCAGGGCAAAGAGGGGAAUUUGAACUUCUCCUGAGUCGACGUGUGAUGAUUACAUAAGUGAAUGGAAGAGAAGAAAUACAGAAAUGACCCAAAUUAGCAGAGUUUGUGUGAUCUUCCGGGUCAUAACUAGUUGAGGGAGUGACUGAUCAAGCACAGCCUCAGUUUUGCCUCAGGCUCUUCCAUCCUCCGCUGAAUGAAGGCAGCCGAGGAGACGGCGGUGAUGAUGGCUCCUUAGAUGGGCAGUGUCGGCAGUAUUGUGUUACCGAGAUGGAUGGUGUUGUUGGGCACCUCCCAAGAAGAGACAACCUCCUUGCAACAACCCCCUCUUGGGAGCGAGCGUCACCAUCGCAGUGACGGAGAUGAGUUACGCCGUGAGACUCAGCCCAUUUAACCCCCCCUCACUCCGGGACACACGUGUGGGGACUCUGCAUCCCCCAGCAGGCGGUUGUUCCCUCUCCCCACUGGGGUUUCACAUUGAUUAAGUGACACUGGGCUCCGUUGCCGUUUUUCAUCUUAAAGUGGCCUCCAUAUUCCGCCAUUAGCACAGCCGUCUUGGAGUCUGACCGAAGGCUCAGCACUUCUCCUGAAUCUUCCGCAAUUAAUACUCCUCACCAACGGACAUUUUUCAAGGGACUGGGCCACAUUUUAAUGAAUGUAGCUGAUGAAUUAUACAGGGCAGUAAUUAAUGGGUCUGUGCUCUAUUUUGACUUGGAUUUGAUAAAUCAGCCCCUUAUCCAUGUACAGAGUGUGCCCUCUGACCCCCAAGGGUCUAAGAAACAGGAGUAAUGGGAUCAGGUGCUCGUGUAUGCCACCUUGGAAAUUAGCCCAUUAGCAACAGUACAUGUGCAAUAAUGAAGGUAGGUUCUACCAGGCAUGAUAUCUAUCAUGAUAGAUUGGCUUUUCACCGACCCAUCGGCAGUGUUUCCCAUUUAAUACCUGGACAGCAGCAGAGCGUCAUAAUGAACCAAUGGUUUGUAGAUGUCUAAUGAUAUUGUCAUCACUGGACUGACCAGUGGGAGGACCUCACUGGGAAAGAAACAUCCAUAUCGCUGGGCCGUCAAAAGAUCCAUAAUUGGAAAUCGUUUUCCGACCUAAUAGUUCAACAUUUUGCUCUGUAUUUGCUUCUUGUCAAAGGUUAGAUGAGAAGAUUGAGAACACCCUCAGUACAAAGCUACAGCCAGUAGCAAGUGCAAAGAAGGGAAAAUGGACAGCUUGAUUGCUGCCAAACGUAAAACCUCAAAAACUCAUUUGACUCCCUGCACCUGGCUGAGAAUAUAUAAUGUUUUAAGUGAUGAGCUUUUGUGGUCGUGGAAAAUAGAUUUGUUUUUAACUGUUGGACAGUCAGGCUUACUGUUCCCCCAGCUUCCAGGCUUCAUAUUCAAUGGACAGAUCAGAGUGGUAUUGAUCUUCCCACUCUCAGAAAGAUCAAGCAUUCUGAAGUUCUUUUCAGACAUGAACUCUGGAAAAUUGGGUCCAGACCUUUUGAAGAACGCAGCAGGACCUUGAAUCCGUCGACACUCUCUCGCUCACAUGGGCUCACUCAUGGACAUUAUCCAGACGGGCUGGCAGGAAAAGUUCUCGAAAAAUGUCUGGAGUAACUGCCUCAGGCAUUUGGGUUAUCACUUACAGACCUUCUGAAAAUGUUCAGGAAAAUGUCCAGACUUCAGUGCAUGUCUGAAGGCAGUUUAUCUUCCUUUCAAUCAGGACCCACUGACAAGUGGACGUUUACAUACAAAACUGUAAAAACCAAAGUUGGAGUUCAGUUAUUCCCUUGUUGUUACUAGUGCAGUGCUCGUUCCAAACCUGCCUGUAUAUAAUGUUCUGUUCUCUUGUCCUGUGUUGAAGCUCUGGAGCUACUUCAGAAUAAUUUCUUGUUAGUGAGUCCUCCUAAAACUGGUUCUGCCUUCUCCAGCCGCUCGACCUGUCUCCUCCACUUCCUCUCAACAAUAUCCAGCUUGUUCAGGUAGGCGAGGUAGGAUUUAGUGGAAGGUUGUCUUUUCUUGGUUUCUCUCUUUAGCAUGUCCUCAUGUCGGACCUCCCUCUCAAGUUUUAUCUGUUCACUUUUCAGAUUGUGAACUUGCUCAUUUAGAGCCACUUUUUCGUUUUUGAUGGCAUGCACCUGAAUAAACUUUUUAAUUAAUUAUUUUGUUUGGAGAAACCCUGACUCUUCUCUCUUACUGUAGGUACAUCUGUAACAGAGAAGACAUAUUUAUAAAACCAGGCAGAUGAAACUACAUGUUUGUAGAGCAGGUGUUUUUAUUGAUAAACAAUAACAAUUUAAGUCCACAUUUUUUGAAUGAAAGGAGAGCCCUUCUUUUUAUUUAGUCUUCAAACUUUUCUGCUAAAGCUCCAUACACCACUCACAAGUCAGAUGAAACCACAGAUAAAGUAACACACAACACAUUAAGAGCAAAAAGAACAAACGGAUAAAGAAAAUGUGAUCGUCAGAUUGAGACCAACUUCAGCAACAGGAUGUUCACAUACAGUUCCAUUAUAUAUCCAUUCAGACUUUAAUUCAGUUUUUGUUUAUUAAAUGUCGAACAUGUUUUCUGUUACUUUGUACAGUUUUUCUAUAAACUGACAAAUUUCACUGUGAUAUUUUCUGGUUCUCACUAAUUGUUUUUUAAAUAAAUUGCUUCCCCUCUG